AGAGACAGGAAGUGCGAGUUCCAGCGUUAUAGAUUAUAGCAGUUGUUCGGAGUAGUGGUGUUUACACGGAUUUUUCGACGUUACAGUGUAAAGGUCUGUAAGGAAAUCAACGCAUGCUGUUACUAUACUCACUUCUGUAAAUCUAGCGUGUUAUUUUUAAAUGUUAGUAUGAAUGGUAAGGUUGGGAAUGGAGCAGCGGGUGGCUUGCUGGCCUGUAUUGAGGGUCUGCCUCCGCUUCCCAAGAGCCUGAGCGGACUGCUCAACUCCAGCGGCGGAUCGUGGCGAGAGAUGGAGAGGAUGUAUGUGAAGAAGACCAUGAUUCAGGACGACCUAAGCCGUGGAAGGAAUAACACAGACAGUUUGCUGGCGAAUAAACCAGCAAACCUGGAUGCCGCCCUGGCUCUGCUCAGAAAAGAGAUGGUACGGGUAAAGAUUGUGGGUUUACGGCAGCAAGACAUGUCCCUACUCUGUCAGCUCUGGUCCCUUCAUGAGUCCAUCCAGGAGUACAAGGGCAGCUGGCAGGAUCUCUCUGCCGUGUCCAGUGCCGAUGGACCGUAUGGGAUCGAGAACGGUUUUUUCGACGAAGAUGAGGAAUAUUAUACUGAAUCCGGUAUGACACCAGCCGAAACACCAGCUGGAAAUGACACAUCACCCAAAAAUGGGACGUCCAAGGAUAGUUGGAUACAUGACUCUUUCCAUAUCACAAUUUAAAAGACAAACUUGGGGUGUUUUUUUUUUUUUGUUUUUUUUUCUUUAAUGAAAACAAGCUGUGCCAUAAUUUCGUUUGCUGGCAUUGUUUAGUUUUACAGCAGACUCUUGUAUAAGAAAAUAUAAACAAGGAUUAUUAUUUAUUGUAUAAUACUACAAUAUAGUAUUUAAUCGACAUUGGAAUUUUUAUAAAAUCUCUUUUAAAAGUAGAGAAACAUAUCAUUUUAUAGUAAUGUUUACAGUAAUGCAUGUUUAAACUUACGAGUUUAAAGAAAUUGGUUUGACUUGAUGCUUUACCCCAUUGGAUUUAGUAUUAUUUCUCACUGGGAGCUUGCUGAAAACAGGUAUUUUUGAAAAUAUUAAUUCUGAAAAUGCUGGAACUGCUAUUUACUUCACUGAAAUGUAAUCCAAGGCAUAACCAGGUCCAGCAGAAAGAACUCAUGACAGCAUCACCCACCAAAAAAAAAGUUGCA